AUGCGACCGGACGGACCUCGGGAUCCCGUCGCGGGGCCAGACAGCGGUCCCGAACCACCAUAUCCAGUGCGUCUAUCCGGACCCGUGAUCAAGGGGUUUGGACGGGGAAGCAAAGAGCUGGGCAUCCCGACGGCCAAUAUCCCCGCUGAGGGACUGGAAGAGUAUCCCGAUCUCCAGGUGGGGGUGUACUAUGGAGUUGUUGCGCUUGAUCCAGCCAAGUUCCAGUAUCAGGAGGGUCAGGGCUCGACCUCGACCUCGUCGACAGGGGGAGCAGAAGCGGCGGUUCUGCCCGCUGUGCUGAGCAUCGGGUAUAACCCGUUCUACAAGAAUAAGACAAAGUCUAUCGAAAUCCACAUCAUGCCGCCGCUGUCCUCCCCGUCACCAACGGCAGACGGGGCGGGGGAGGUGAAAUUCCACAAAUUGCCCGACUUCUACGGGACGCAGCUGAAGCUGCUGAUUCUGGGGUAUAUUCGCCCGGAGUACGAUUAUGUGUCGCUGGAGGCGUUGAUCGAGGAUAUCCGGGUGGACUGCGAGGUUGCGCGGAAGAGUCUGCAGCGGCCGGCUUAUGCAUGUUAUAUUGACGGGGAUGAGAAGGAGUGUUCGGAUGUGGUGAGGGAGCAGCGGAGGUGGUUGGUAACCUUCUGA